AUUUACAUUAUAGAGAUAUGUCUUCUCUGAAUCCUGGGGCAUUCGACCCUCUUUACUCUCAUCAAAUAUUCUAUGUGAUAACCUAAUAUGCAGAGUAUAACCUUCAAAAUUUACAUCCUGUAUUUUCAGUUUCUACAUCAGGUGUGGUGUGUCUGAAGUUAACUAGGAUACAAAGGAAAUACUUAGAAUAAAGCUCAGAAUCCUGACUAUGGAGAAGAAGAUCCAAAAACAAAGGAUUGAUGAAGAUGCCAAAGUGAGUAAAGUUGGAAUAGAAACCAAGUUUGUCCCAAUUACAAUACAGGGGCCUACAGGGACUCAGUUUCAGCAGCCAUCUCAACAAAUAUUACAUGGAAUUACUAGGCACCAAUAUAUACUUUCUCAUCUAAGUACAGUGCAAAGACCUACAGGGCCUCAAUCUGUGGUGCCUCCCCAAAAUGCUUUACAGGCUCCCCGAAAUGCAAUACAAGGACAUACAGGGCCUCAGUUUAUAGUAUCUCCUCAAAAUACAAUACAGUAUGUGCUAACUCCUCCAAAUAAAGUACAGGGAACAACAAGGCCUCAGAAUGAGGUGCCUCCCCAAAAUGUAAUACAUGGACCUACAAGGCUUCAGUGCCAAAUGUUAUCACAAAAUACAAUACAAUAUGUACUAUCACCUGCUAAUAUAGUGCAGGGACCUACAAGGCCUCAAAAUAUAGGGUCUCAAUAUAAACUGUAUCCUAAAAAUAGCAUGAAUAAUCCAUUAUCAGACCAAUAUGAUGCUCAUGUUAAUAACACAAAACCCCUCACCCUCAAAGAUAAAAUGGAUCUAUAUGGACUUCAUGAUGUUCAAAAUGCCUCAAAUAAUAUGGAAGCAGAAAACAAAAACAAAAAUCUUCUUAAAAGUUUGAAAUCUAUAGAUGACAAAAAUCAGAAUAGUGACAAUACUAGUUUGGGAGUUAGCAUUCAAAAUAUUAAAGUGGAACUGGUAUCAGAUACUGACCAGGAAUGUUUUAAAUCUAACACUGAAAUGGUUAAAGUUGAACCUGACGAGAUUAAUGUGACCGAUGAUACUGUUAAAAACCAUAUAAUUACUGGUUAUCAUAAAACUGAGCUUAAUUCAGAGGGUACCAAUGGAAAGACUGCAUUCACUGUUGAUCAAGGUAUGGGUAACAUACAGAUGGAUGGUUCAAAACACUUGAAUGAACAUAUAUCCACACUAAAAAGAACACAUGAUAUUGUGCAAGAAAGGUUGUCAUCUUAUAAAUGCAAUGUUUGUGGUGUACGAUUCAUAAAUUCAAAUUUACUGAAAAAGCAUUUACUAGAAAAACAUGCAUAUGUGUUUCCAUCGCAUUGUGAAUGUGGUAGAAGUUUUGAUACUCAUUCUCGUUUUACACACCAUCAGACAACUAACACUGGUGAGAAACCCUUCGAGUGUAAACAAUGUGAUGAAUGUUUUAAACUACAAUGUGCUUUUAAGAAUCAUGAAAAGACUCAUAGACUCACACAGAAACCAAAGAACUCAAGAAGGCUCAAGGAAAAAAUCAACGAUUAUGGACUCUAUGAUGUCCAAGCUGCAUCAAAUACUACUGAAUCAGAAAAUAUAGACAAAAAUGUCCUUAAAAGUAUUAAGGUUGAACCCAUAGAUAACAAGGAUCGGGAAAAAGACGAUGGGGAUAUAUCUACAGAUAAUGAAGAAUACAAAUAUAAUGAUUUGGCUAAAGAAAAAUGUCAAACCAGUUUAGAUCCAAACGUUUGCUUUUCAAAUUCAAAUAUUAAAUGUGAACCAGACAGUGAAGAAUAUGGUGAAUCUCACAUUACAACAAUUAAAAUUGAACCUGUUAUGUCAAAUGACACCCAUGAUAUUAAUGAAGACACCAUAAUUGCUCCUGACUAUAACAGUGCAGUUAAGGUUGAGGAAAAUUAUAGCAACUCUGUAAUUGUUGUUGAACCAGGAUGCAGUAACAUGCAAAUAGACAGUACAGAAGAUUCUACUCAAGAUUUGGCCACAUUACAAAGAACACAUGCUACUGUACAAAAGAACCUAUCACGGCAUAAGUGCAAUGAAUGUGGUGUACAAUUUAUAAAUUCCACUUUAUUACAAACCCAUAUGAUUAAGCAUAGUGAUGUAUACAAGUGUGAAAUAUGUAAUAAAAUCUUUAAUGAUUUUAAUUAUCUUCAACGCCAUAAAGGAACUGGUGGGAAACCAUUCAAGUGUAAAUUAUGUGAUAAAGGUUUUGAACAAAAAUGUGCUUUAAAGAUCCAUAAAAGAACUCAUGUUGGAGAGAAACGAUUCAACUGUAAAUUGUGUGACAAAAGUUUUGCAAGUAAUCAUUCUUUAAUACUGCAUGAAAAUGUACAUAAUGGUGUGAAGCCAUACAAGUGUAAAUUGUGUGGAAAAGCUUUUUCACGUAAUAAUAAUUUAAAGAUCCAUGCAAGGCGUCACUUUUAAGAUAAGGAAACAAGGGACUACUAAUCAUCAGAUUAUAUGUGGCGAUUUGGGAUGGCCAACUUUGAAACUAAGACGACGUUAUUUUAAACUUCUUACUUUUUGUAAAAUUGUUUAUGGCAAAUGCCCACAUCAUUACCAAUCGCUGUUGCCUAACCGAGUUAAUACUUGGACACAAUAUGCACUUAGAUCUGCAAACUCGUUUGAGCUGGUAAAAUUCAAAACGAAUUACUACAAAAAUUCAUUUAUACCUUCAACAGCGCGUGCUUGGAACGACCUGACUACACAGAUAAAAGAUGAAAUCAACUUUACGAAAUGUAAACUUGAACUAUCCAAGUAUAUUUACGGAGAACUUAAAGGAAAGUAUCUUAUAAAAUU